AUGCGCCGCCAAUCUGAGCGCCCCCGUGGCCGCACCCUCAAAACUUAUUCGAAGAAACCCCAGAGCCGCAGGUCCCUUGGCGCAGAAAUAUACCGCGACUUGACGGCUGGCAAUAACUCUAGGGUUUCGAGCGGCGACGAAUCAUCCAUCCGGGGAACUCCACCUAUUGUCGGUCAUCGCACCCCUUCAGCAUCGUUUCGAAGGGAUGAAGAGAGCUUGCCUAAGACCAAGGAGAGUGUCGCACUUACACCCGAAGAAACACACCAUGACAGAGUUCAGCGUACCAAAGACCCCUAUCACAUUCAGACCUCGUCCAUCAGCCUAGAAGAAGCUUCAUCGCAAGAUGAUGACGAUUCAUCAUCGAGGGACCAACAGUCGCAAUCCGAUAGCUCGCAAAAUUCGAGCGUCACAUCCGUCGGACGAGGCGCUACACACUCGGCCAUCAAAACGGAACCACGAGACUCGCCUGAGGCCUUUCCCGAUGUGAUGGUCCGGAGUCAUGUUCCACAGCUUCAUCUUAAAACUGAAGGCUCUCCAUUUCAGAGGCGGAAAAGAAAGAGAGCAGAGUCUCCCUUUGGGUCUGACUUCUUGGUGGCCCACCAGCCGCGACGGUUUAACCAACAAGAAGCUUGGAAGGAACCUGAUAGUUCAAAGAAACGAAGUCUUCCCGUUGUGUUCGGCCCUAGAACGCCUAGUCCCGUCAAGAUGCAGGGGCGCCGGAAAGUUGCAGAGAUACACCCACAAGAUUAUAAAGUGUUGCCAUCUGCGUCCCCAGUUAUGCCGACCCUUCAGCGGGGUGUUCGAGACGGAUUCGAACGCCGCGAGGUUCCGAAGUUCAGCAAACACUACUUCGAUGGCAAGCGGCGAAGAAGGCCACCCCCAACACCCGGCCUUGGGUCGCUUCUGAGUGCCGAGAAAUCGAGGGAGGUAGCUAUUCUUAAGGAAGGACCAGGAACUAGAAAGACAGUGUCAGAUCCCGCCAACGCGUAUCUCAUGUCUGGGGGGAUACUGGACGAGCCUCAGGAAGCAUCUCGCACAGAGUCGAUGGCCUCUUCUAGCAAUCGGAAUGCUGAUGUACGGCCUUGCGUCGAACGGCUUGCCAGUCAUGUCUCCCACUCGGGCAACCCAUACGACGAUGGCAACCUCGAGAAUGAUGGAGCUGUGAGCGAAAAUACCGGCUUGGAGAUGAAGCGGUUGCAUGGCCAAGGAAGCUCUUGGGUGGCCACGACAGACAACUUUGUCCUGCGAGAGACCGGUCCAACUACCCGACGCUCUUCCAAGACUACAAGCGAGCCCCAAUUAUACCUGGACGAGCGAGACACUCGUCCACCUAUCCGCGACGCCCCCAAUGCUUCGGGGGAGUUGAGUCUGUCACAUCUAACCACCAAGGCUGGGCCCUUUGAAUUUUUUAGAACGUGA